AGUCUUCCCGUGCCGGCUUCUUUAUUGUGGGCUCUCGGCUGUGACAGCCGGGUGCCCAGUGCGCAUACACGAGAAGCGCUGCGCUUUGUCCGCAGUCUCUUAGUCAUCCCCUGUACUGUCUGCAGUCUCUGGUCAUCUCCUGUACUGUCUGCAGUCUCUGGUCAUCCCCUGUACUGUCCGCAGUCUCUGUUCAUCUCCUGUACUGUCUGCAGUCUCUGGUCACCCCCUGCACUGUCCGCAGUCUCUGGUCAUCCCCUGUACUAUGCCCGCAGUCUCUGGUCAUCCCCUGUACUAUGCCCGCAGUCUCUGGUGUUCUCCUGUACUGUGUCCGCAGUCUCUGGUCAUCUCCUGUACUAUGCCCGCAGUCUCUGGUCAUCCCCUGUACUAUGCCCGCAGUCUCUGGUCAUCUCCUGUACUGUGUCCGCAGUCUCUGGUCAUCUC